AUGUGGUCGUCAAGCUUUGUAGCUUCUUUGCAUUUCUCGUCUCUUCCCAAAGUGUCUCUCUUCUUAUCUUCUUCUUCUUCUUCUUCUUCUUCUUCUUCUUCUUCUUAUUAUCAGAAGAACUGUAAGUUCCUCUGCUAUGCCCAAAAUCAACCAUCUACCAUUGGAAUCAAUUUCAGCAAGAGACAAUUGAAUCUCUCGAUUCUCACGCUCUUGUUCAAUGGGUUUGUAUUGGACCAUGCCAAAUCCAUCUCAGAAUCUGGAGAUCUUGAAAGAUACAAUGACUCCGAAAAUGGCUUCACUCUUCUCGUACCCUCUUCUUGGAUUAAGGUAGAGAAAGCAGGAGCAAACGCUCUGUUUGAAGAAGCAGAAGCUCGUAGCAACAAUAUAGGAGUUGUGGUGAGUCCUGUCCGUAUAAAGAGUCUUGAAGACUUUGGUACUCCUCAGUUUGUAGCUGAUAAGCUUAUCAACGCAGAGAAACGAAAGGAAAGCACAAAGGAAGCAGAAGUUGUAUCAGUGGGAGAGAGAUCAUCAGGAUCACAGAAAGUUUACGAAUUUGAGUACAAGAUCGAUAGCACGAGAGGAGGAAUCAAAAGGGUUUUUUCAGCUGCGUUUGUGAGCUCAAAGAAGCUUUAUCUAUUGAACGUUGUUCAUUCAGACAAACCAGAAGAUCCAUUGGAUUCAAGUACGAGAUUGGUGUUGGAACAAGUCCUUCACUCCUUUGAUGCUCUACCUCUCACAUGA